AUGAGUCCAGAGAUCGAACCUGGUUCGGGAAAUUCUGAUAACAAUGUAAGCAUAUCUAGUGAAAUUGAAAAUGUAACUGCAACAAAAAUCGAUCAACACGAUAUCAGAAUUAAAGCUUUGGAACAGAAACUGGAAGAAAUUGAGAGAGAGAAAGUAAAAAAUUGCUCGCCAACGUCAUUUCCAAAUGAUUCUCAAUGUCAAACUGCAUGUCGACCAGGCAAGAAAGGCCCAGAAGGUGCAAAAGGUGAUAUCGGAUCACCAGGACAAAAUGGCGCCACGGGACGUCAUGGAGCUAAAGGAGAAAGCGGAACGCCAUGUAAUUGCUCAGGAUAUGAUGAGUUGGCACACAAAGUUCAAAUCCUCGAAGAAGAAAAAGCUCGAGAAUUACAAUCAGUUGCAGAUGGUUGGCAUCGUGUCCCUAAUUACCCAUAUUGGUACAAAUUGGUCAAAGUACCGUCAGACUAUCGAACAGCCAGAAAAAACUGCGAACUCAUGGGUGGUCGAUUAGCAGCAACGGGUAUACGCAACCCAACUAUUCGCAGCGAUCUUCUCGACACGUUGAUUAGAAGAACAGGAACUUCAAUCUGGAUAGGACUCGAUGACCUUGAGGAACAAGACAACUGGAAAUGGUCGGACGGAGUUUCAUCAACUUCCUCUAAUACACCAUGGUAUGAAGGAGAACCAAAUGGUCCAAAUGAACGAUGUGCUUGUAUGUACAUGCCUUUUCAAUAUAAGUUGAUGGAUACCCUUGGUUUUCUAAGUCGAUUCUACCUUUGCGAAAAGUAA